CACAGGGAAGCAAACUUCGGUUUCAGAACCGCUCCCUCACAUCGACAUUGGCCUGCGCCCGUUUCUGAUUUCACUGCGAUUCCCAGUACCAGGAUCCAGGCAGUCGUCCUUGUGAUGCGUCAGGAUGCAGACCAUUCAGACAGUGGAGACCCAGGUGCCUUUCCUCAAGGAAAGCUUCUUCACCUCCACCUUCAUGGACAGGAGGAAGAGCAGUGUGACUAACCUCAUCCGGAGGCAGCAGCAUCACCAACAGCAGCAACAACAGUUGGCUCUCCGGCAACAGCAACAACAGCAGCAGAAGCAACACUGUCAUCCACUUCCUGCUUUUCCGGGAGACACCAGGAAGGGGGAGGAGCCUCGCAUUGAGCACGCCCGUCUGAGUCGCUCAGCCAGCAGCCCGUUAUGUAACACAUCCGAGCGAGCAGAUGGAGGGAGGAGGGAGGGACACAGAGCGAGAGCGGAGGAGGAGGGAGAGGGAGCCUGUCCCAGCUUCCUCUCGGCAGCAGCAUCAUCCUCACAGCUGCCUCCGACGCCGGUGAGCAGGCAGGGAUUAGAGAGCUCCGCGAGGCGCCGAGCCAGCCAGGCAGCAUCCCAGGGAGAGACCGAGGCCAGGCCCCAGCAGCAUGGCCUGAUCGCUAAGGGGGUGCGUCUACUCAGGAACAUGGGGAACCAGGAGGCCAAGCAAAGGAAGGCGGCAGGGGGGGGAGGAGAAGGGGAGGCCUCCCACGAGGCGAGAGCCGAGGACAGAGAACCGGACGACUCCAAUAAACCGAAGAAGACCCAGAGCAAAACGAGCAAAGGUAGAGGCGACGGGGGAAAGAAGAAAUCCAAAUCGGAGUCUAAAAGCUCCGUGUUCUCCUCCAUGAGGAUCCGGAAAAGUCUAUCCAAGACCAAGGGGAUGUCCAAGGAGGACGUGCUGGAUGGGAGCAGAGGGGCUAGGGUGGAGGAGGUAGGGGUGACAACCACCAUGGAAGCCAGCCUCUCAGCGGACGAGCUGGGGAUGAUGUCUGACGGCGAGCCCGACCAGGGCGCUCACUCCGGGGGAGAUGUGAUGGACGAGGAGGGCGGGAGAACCAGCUCAGGGUCAGACGGCGACCUGUACAGUUUCCACUCCGCUGCAGCUGAGCAUGAAGACCUGCUGGCAGACAUCCGGCAGGCCAUCAAUGAGCAGCAGGGGACCAGUGACGGGGUCCUGGACGGAAUCCAAGACCACUUAACCAAGGGGGCACCCCCUACCGAGGAUGGCAAACCCACACGCCCCGACAGCACCGACCCACAGAUGCUCGGAGCCAGUCUCACCCCAGGAAGUACUGACACACCUGCUUGUGCGAACGCGACCGUAAAAGACCUCAGUGUUCAGCGUGUACGAUCAGAUGUGGACCAAGGCUUCCCACGUGAGGCAGGGGGGAGGGAGUCUGAGCCCGACCCAGAUGAUGAGCUGGAUGUGGGGUCCUCGGGCGGGAGCGGGCCCCCGUCCUGGGCCCCGGACGCGGAAGACAGGAGCAGCGACAGCCUCCUCCCCAAGACCACCAGCACCUGCAGCUUCCCAGACACCACGGCCACUUCCUGCUCCUACGAGAGCGCCGAGGAGCCCCAGGACGAGCUGGAGAGCCCGGUCCGGUCCGCCCAGCUGACCCGAAGCCUGAGCGGGGGAGGGGUCACCCAGGUUCCCGAGGAGGAACGAGGGCUGGUCGCGGGGGUCAGGUGCAUCAGGUUGCCGGCCGCGGCGGGCUCGCACAAAAGCGUGAGCAGCGUGGAUCUAUCUUCGGAGAGGGGGGAAGGGGAACAGGAAGUCAGCGGGAGGGACUUCCUGUCCCUGAAUAGGAGGAAGAGCAGCAUGUCGGUGUGUCAGCUGACCUCGGACGGCGAGCAGGUGGCACGGCCCAAGAGACGGACCUCUGGCGUCUCUACCGUCAAACUCUACCCCCCUAUCCACCCCUCCUACGUCAAGACCACCACCAGGCAGCUCACCUCCCCCACCAGCUCCCCCAACCAGAGCCCUAUGACCCCCCGGCGGAUGGACUCCGGCCCUGGGUCUGGGCACGGAGCCUCGAGGGCCCAGGGCUGGAGGGCGACCAGGCAGAGGUCCUGCAGCAUUGCAGGGCCUCUCAGUCACUCUACUGACUGGACCCGGGAGCUGGACUGUCUGAGAGCCAGGCAGGAAGCUGGAGGGGACCUCCAGGAGCAGGGGAGCGUGGAGAGAGGGUUACCAGGGGUCAGCUGGAGUAUGGGUUACAGACAACCCACCUCAGGUCUCCUCUCUCCUCCCCCAGGACCAUACUGUGAUGUCUUCUCUGGCCGCACCCUGUUGGAGAGGUUGUGUCAGCAGCAGGUAGAAGGCUCGUUGGAAGAGGCAGAGGGAUUGUGUUCCAGUCUUCUAGCUCUGGGACUCCUGCAGCCCCUCAGUGACAGCUUCAGAGAACGCCAUGGAGACGAACGCCAUGGAGACGAACGCCAUGGAGACGCUUCCUCCCUGGUCUCAGCCGGCUUCAACGUGGAGCAGCUGUACACCUGGGCAUCGUUCCGCCCUCUGCCUCACCUCUGCGGAGCUCACGGGGGCCACAGGCCGAGUCCUGUCCAGGAUUCAUGGCCUCCGACCCAGCCCACCGGUCCCCCAAGACGAGAUGGAAUACAAUCUGAGGCUCAGGCGGGCGUGAAGCGGGCACAGCCCUGGCAGGAAGGAGACACCAUGGUGCCCCAGCUGGAGCAGACCAUAGAGGACCUGAGGGUCCAGAUCGCAGCCCUGGAGCACCAGCAGGACGCCGUACAGAAGCUUGCCCAGGAAAAGCAGGACGCUGUGGGCCUGGGGAGAGGUGGAGCGGGGAGGAAGGGUCUGGAGGUGUCCGUACAGACUUCCCCCGUGGAGGAAGGCUUUAGGGUCAAAGUGCCUUUCGGAGAGGGGACCUCCAUGGCCUCGUCUGCCUCUGUCCCAGCCCUGGGACCUGGACCAGGGUUCGUCUGCACCUGCCAACUGAAGCAGAGCGGGACCCGACCUCCCCCCCCGCCCCCGCCUCCCCCCCCUACACCUCCGUUACCCGGGGGAGAGCCUUGCCCUCCCCCACCACCUCCACCCCUGCCGGGCGGAGCUGCGCCACCCCCUCCCCCACCCCUCCCUGGACAGGGCCCUUGCCCCCCACCUCCACCCCCUCCCCCACCCCUCCCUGGACAGGGCCCUUGCCCCCCACCUCCACCCCCUCCCCCACCCCUCCCUGGACAGGGCCCUUGCCCCCCACCUCCACCCCCUCCCCCACCCCUCCCUGGACAGGGCCCUUGCCCCCCACCUCCACCCCCUCCCCCACCCCUCCCUGGACAGGGCCCUUGCCCCCCACCUCCACCCCCUCCCCCACCCCUCCCUGGACAGGGCCCUUGCCCCCCACCUCCACCCCCACCCCCACCUGGCUUUGGACCUCCACCCCCCCCUCCUCCUCCAGGAAUGGGACCUCCACCCCCCCCUCCUCCUCCAGGUAUGGGCCCUCCACCUCCCCCUCCACCCCCAGGCUUUGGCCCCCCUCCCCCACCUCCAGCUGGAGGUCCUGUCCUCUCCCUGGUCCAGGACUCGGGUCCCAUGAAGGCCUCCAUCGAGCCCCCUAAGCCCAUGAAGCCCCUGUACUGGACCAGGAUUCAGUUGGAUGCUAAAAAGGAGUCGAGUGGCACUCUGGUGUGGGAGAAGAUUGAAGAGCCUUCGGUGGACUUUAAUGAGUUUGUGGAGCUUUUCUCCAAGAGCACCGUCAAGGAGAAGAAGAAGCCCAUUUCUGACACCAUCUCCAAGUCCAAGGCCAAACAGGUUGUGAAAAUGUUGAACAACAAGCGUUCCCAGGCAGUGGGGAUCCUGAUGUCUAGUAUUCAUCUGGACAUGAAGGACAUCCAGAACGCUAUCCUGAACAUGGACAACACCGUGGUGGAUCUGGAGACCUUGCAGGCUCUGUACGAAAACAGAGCCCAGGAGGACGAGAUGGAGAAGAUCACAAAGCACAUCAAGUCAUCCAAAGACAAAGAAGAUGCCAAACCACUUGACAAACCCGAACAGUUCCUUUUCCAGCUCUCCCAGAUCCCUAACUUCUCUGGCCGGGUCUUCUGUAUUCUCUUCCAGUCCACCUUCUCUGAAUGUAUCGUUUCAGUCCAGCGCAAAGUGGAGAUACUUCAGAGAGUCUGCAAGACCCUGCAGGGGAGUCAGUGCGUCAUGCAGGUGCUAGGCCUGAUUUUGGCUUUUGGAAACUUCAUGAACGGAGGGAACCGGUCGAGAGGUCAGGCAGACGGCUUCUCUCUUGACAUCCUGCCCAAACUCAAGGACGUUAAGAGCAGUGAUAACUCCCAGAGUCUUUUGUCUUACAUCGUUGCUUACUAUCUAAGGCACUUUGAUGAGGACGCUGGUAGGGAGACGUGUGUCUACCCUCUCCCUGAGCCCCAGGACCUUUUCCAGGCCUCUCAGAUGAAGUUUGAAGACUUUCAAAGAGACUUACGCAAGCUGAGGAAAGACCUCAAUGCAUGUUCAGCAGAGACGGAGAAGGUCUCCAAGAUCUCUUCAGAAGAACAUCUGCAGCCCUUUAAAGACAAGAUGGAGGUGUUUCUGAGUCAAGCGAAAACUGAACUGGAAGCACAAGAAACACAACUAGCCGACACUCAGAAGAUCUUCCUGGAGCUGAGUGUGUUCUUCUCCGUUAAGCCCAAGGCGGGAGAGAAGGAGGUGUCGCCCAAUACCCUCUUCUCUGUGUGGCACGAGUUCUCCUCCGACUUCAAAGAACAAUGGAAGAAGGAGAACAAGCUGAUGCUACAGGAACGAGUCAAAAUGGCAGAGGAGUGCUUCAAGCAAGCCAAAGAGAAGGCUGCAUACAGUAUCAAACCCAAACAUGCCUCUGGAAUAAAAGCCAAACUGGGUCAGAAAAUCUGAGCCGAGUUACCUGAGAAAGACCCUCCCUGAGCCAGCUGCACAAGUGAGAUUACCCACAAUCUAAAACAACGGGUCAGCCAUGGUUUUGUCUCCUUCUUUCCUUUAUUUGUCCUUCCUAGUUGAAUCUUAGAUUUGAUACUAAAUAUUUUUGUCCUCCCAGUAUUGUUAUUGAAGAUAUAAUGGAUACGUCUGUGCACUCAGUUGGCUUUAACACACACAUGAGCUGACAAUAAAAGGUUUACUGUUUUUGGAAAAUUGAAAUGGUACCAAACCAAUUCCAGUUGUUGAAAGAAGACAAAGGAUAAUACGAUGAUAUAAAACCAUAUUUUACAAAGAAAACAAGCCAUCUGUCCAUCUCUGCCCACCACAUUCCUGCACAAAGACAAUCACAUGAGAAGAUUCAUACUGUUUCUGCUAAAGCUGGACUGCCAGACAGCAAGUGCCUUACAGCACACUGAAGUAGCCAAAAAACGACGUAAAGAGAUUAUUUCUAAGGUUUUAGCCUGUAUCAUAAAUCAAUCACAUAUGACAGCUUUAUGUUGAAAGGAUGGGUGGAAUAGAGGGCUUGGUCCUUGGAAUACAUGAUCCGUUUUAAUUUCAAGGAAUCAACUGUUUUUCACGUCAUCAGGAUUCAUCAACAUCAGUCAGCUGUGUUUAAAUAAAAUAUAGUCUUACUGUUGUAAUAAAUACCAUCAUCAUCUACAAUAUGUUUUAUAUAAAGUAAUAUGCAAUGUGUUUGUGACAUAUGGUGUUCAUUGUGUCGGUUAAAACUGCCCCCUUCCUUCAGUGUCUUCUGUCUGAGAUGUGCAGGUCUGUGUGGUGACUCUGUCCCCAUGUGCAAUAAUAAAUACCGAUUUCUGACUGGACAUCGAAGUGAAUGAUCCUGAUCUCGUGUUAUUUAUUGACAUUACAUCAGUCAACAUGUAAAAAAAAAAAAUCAUUUACUAUUUUCCAUAAAUCAACUUUGUACU